ACUCACUAUAUAAGCAAUAUUUUCUCGUCUCCCAUUUCGACCCUUUCGCACUCUUAGUAGCACAGGAGCAAAACCCUAGCAGUCUCCUUUUCUCUAUCGAAAUGGCUAUAGUGCCGGGGCAGCUCGUGUGGGAGAUCGUGAAGAAGAACAAUUGUUUCUUAGUCAAGGAGUUCGGUAAUGGCACCGCCGGUGUUGUCUUCAGCAAAGAGCCCAACAAUCUCUUCAAUCUUCACUCCUACAAGCACUCCGGAUUAGCAAACAAGAAGACUGUGACCAUACAAGGGGGUAAAGAUCAAUCUGUGCUUCUUGCUACAACCAAGACCAAGAAGCAGAGCAAGCCUGCUAAGUUGCAUAACAAGUCUGUCAUGAAGAAGGAAUUCCGCCGCAUGGCCAAGGCUGUUACCAAUCAGGUUGCUGACAACUAUUACAGACCAGACUUGAAGAAAGCAGCUCUUGCAAGGUUGUCUGCUGUAAACAGAAGCCUUAAGGUUGCAAAAUCUGGUGUGAAGAAGAGGAAUAGGCAGGCUUAAGCAGUGCAGUGUUUCCUUGUUGUCUCUACAUCAUCCUGGUUUCCAGUUUCUUAUUUUGCUUGUCUUUUCUCUUUAAUUUCUUGGAUGUUGAGACACUUUUUAUUUAUCAGUUUUUGGACAAAAAUUGCAUUGUAGUUGAGCUGAUACUAGUGUCUAUUUUUAUUGAGUUGUUGCACCAGAAAGUUGCCGUUAUGCCCAUUAUAACUAUAAUUGUAUUUCAGCUAUCAGAUCUUGUUUACCAGAUGAAAUGAGUUAUGCUUGAUGCAUUGAUUAAUGAA